AUGGGGUCCGCCGUGGAUCCCAUACAGGCUUUUGCCGACCUUAUCGGCACGCCCCGUCCAGCCGCGACUUUCCUGCUAGCUAGCUUAUCGUUUGUCCCGAUCGCGUGGCUUCACAGAUUCAUCUCGUCGCCUACACUUCGCCAUCUGUACUGCACAGUAACGGGACUGCUUCUAUCGGCGUUCGUGUUCGGAUGGACGGCGGACGCGCAUUUCUUCGUGUGCGUGCUUUACUCAAUAGCCGUAAUGCGGCUGUUUCGUAGAAAAUGCGGCGUCCUAACGUUCUUCGGAACUUUCGCGUACUUGAUUGGGUGCCACAUCAUCAUGCGCACCCACGAGACCCGCAUGGAGGGCGUGGUGGACUGCACAGGCGCGCUCACCGUCCUCGCUACAAAGCUCAUCGCUGUCGCGUAUAACUACCGGGACGGGCUCACGCUGCUCGAGGAGAAAGACGAAGGCGCGCAAGCCAAGGACGAAAAGGAGAGGAAGGACGAGAAGGAGAGGAAGGGCGAGAAGGAAAGGAAGGGAUUAACCGAGGAGCAGAGGCGGCGGGAGGAUCGGAUGGAGCGUUCGCGAUUGGAGCGGCGAAAGGCGGCGCUGGUUACCAUGCCGUCGGUGGUGCAGCUGAUGGGGUACCUGUUCUGCUUCGGACUGCACAUCACAGGCCCGUUCUUUGAGUUCAAGGCGUACCACGACUGGACCCGCCGACAAGGGGUACGUUACUUCAGGCCUCACUCUGCUCUCUGUUCCCAUCCAUCCCUCCCCUGCAGAUCUGGUCCCCACAUCUCAAGCAAACCGCCCAUCCUCCGACCAUUCCUCCGCGCGUUCACCCAGGGCGUGCUCACAGCGCUCGUCUUCCUGCUCGUGUCCCCCUCGCUCGACCUCACUCAAAUCAGCAACCGCCACAAGAACCGCGCCCACCCCCUCCACAUGCGCUGGCUCCUCAUGUACCACGCCAGCAUCGUGUGGCGCUUCCGCGCGUACAUCCUCUGGAGCAUCACCGAGGCUGCCAUGGUCGCUGGUGGGCUGGGGUUUAGCGGCUGGGAGAUCCCCAAGGGGGAGCCUGGGAAGGGCGGGGACGCUGGGAAGGGCGGGGGCGUGAAGUUGAAUGGGGGGGAAUCGGAGGGGCCGAAGGUCAAUGGGAAGUGCGGUGGUGAUGGGGAUGCGGGGAAGCAGGAGGGUGGUGAGGCGUGUGCGGUCCCUGCAGGGGAGGGGAAGGCGCUGUGGGACCGGGCUCGCAACGCUGACAUACUGGGGGUUGAGUUCCCCAACAGCUGCCUUGACUAUGCUGCCACGUGGAAUAUCUCCUACGGCCUCUGGCUCAGGCUCUAUGUGUACAACCGCAUGGUGCCGCCCGGCAGGAGGCCCACCUACUUCCACAUGCUCGCCACCAUCUUCGUCAGCGCUGCCUCCCAUGGCUUGAAUUGGGGUGACUUCAUCGCCUUUGCCCAUUGGCCGCUUGCUGUUGCCAGCUCUAAAGCCAUCUUCCAGCUCACAGCUGGAAUUCCCAAGGGCACCACCACCCACCGCAUGGUGGCGCUUCUUCACACCCUCUAUUGCAUCUUCGUCACCACCUGCAUGGCCAGCCCCUUUGCCGUGAUAACACUGUCGGGUGCAUACUCAGCGUAUAGCGGCAUGUACUAUUGUGGUACUGUUAUCCCGAUUCUCCUGAUUCUUCUGCGUAAUCGGCCAUACGAAUUGUCAAUACAAACCCACGUUCACAUUUCCUCCACAUGGCUCCUCCCCUUCCACCCCAGCAUGUUUCUCAUCAUCCUUUCCCCCCUCUACCACAUCUUCUCCGUCGCCAUUCCGCUUGUUCCGUUCCUCCUCUCCCCCUACAGAUCGCCCCCGUGUCUCACCGCAUACAUCCUUCUCAGCCUCCCCCUCAUCGAAGACGGGGCAGCAGCAGCUGGAAAAGGAGAUGGGGCAGCAGCAGGACAGGGAGAUGGGGAAGCAGCAGGAGUGACAGAGAGGGAAGACGGGCCAGCAGCAGGUGUGGCAGGCGAUGGGGCAGCAGCUGGAGAGGGAGAUGAGGCAGCAGCUGGAGAGGGAGAUGAGGCAGCACCAGGAGUGGCAGACAUGAAGGAUGGGCCUGCAGAAGGUGUGGCAGGCGGGACAACAUCAGAAGGUGAUGCACGAAUGAGCAGCGGAGGGCAUACAUAUCUGCGUGCCCGACUGGUUGUGCACUUGCACGGUUGA